AUGGGUGCCGACUCUCGUGCCACGGCUGGUAACAUUAUUGCGGACAAGCACUGCGAAAAAGUCCACUACUUGACAGACUCGAUUUACGCGUGCGGAGCUGGAACUGCAGCUGACUUGGAUCAGGUGUGCAAAAUGCUGUCGGGGACAUUACGGCUCAUGGAGCUCAACACGGGCAGAAAAGCACGAGUCAUAACGGCUCUGCGCCAUGCUAAACAGCAUUUGUUCAACUACCAAGGCUACGUUGGAGCGUAUCUGCUCAUAGGUGGUGUCGAUCCUACUGGUCCACAUUUGUACGAGUGCUCCGCAAAUGGAACCACCAUGGCUAAGCCAUUUGCUGCCCAAGGCUCCGGAAGCUAUGCUGCCAUUUCGAUUCUUGAGAGAGAUUUCAAGCAAGAUAUGACGGAAGAAGAGUGUGUUGCUCUGGUACAGCGUGCCCUUCAAGCUGGUAUGCACGGAGAUAACGCCUCCGGAAAUAGUUUGAACCUUGUCAUCAUGCGACCAGGCAAAACUGAAUUCAGGGGACCAAUCGUGCCGAACUUCUGUAAGAUGCCCGAACCAAUAGAUCUGCCGUAUAGGUUCAAGCCUGGCUCUACAAAAGUUCUGAAGAGAAAAGUAUAUAAGUUUGACGUGAUCGAGUCGAUGGAUGUGAGCCAUUGA